GGCGGCGGCGGCGCGGGUGCUGCGCGCGAUCGCCGAGUCCCGGACGCCCGUCAAGACGCUCUCCGGCUUCAUCAGGUACCUGGCGGACAGGGCCGACAAGGACUUCGAGGCGAUGCAGCGCAACGCGCGGGGCAUCCCUCCCGCCAAGAGCGCCGCCUGCUGCAGCUCCGGCCCUUCGCAGGGAGAUGACUCUGUAUCUGGGCCACAGUACCAUAGCGAUGAUCAAGUUGAGGUUCAAAGCCCUUACACUGAAGAGAUAGCUUUUCGUCUCUCAAACCGUGCUGGGAGUCCCAGUCAACCGCGGCCUAUCAAUUUGCAAGAUAACAUGGGUCCUGUCAGAGAAAUUGUUUGUAUAGAACAAAACGUGACCGCGAUGGCAGCUAAUACUCCAUCUGGCCGGGCCUCCUUGCAAAUCCAGGAUGACAUUCAGAUUAAUGAUCGUAUCCGAGCAAUGACUCCUGCUAUGAUGCCGGCAACAACCCAGCCCAGGAUGGCAGCCGAGAACCCAUCCUCAAUGACACCUGCUAUGAUGCCGGUUCCAACCCUGCCAUGGAUGGCAGGCGAGAACCCGCGCGCUUGGAUCCCGCUCCUGAACCUGGACUAUGUUCCUACUCCUGAUGUUAUGAUGCAGGGAGGUAGCCCUGGCCAUUGUGUGUCCAUUGGGCUGCAUAAUGAUAUGAGGAUUGAAAGCCCCAUACCAAAUGCCAUUCAUACACCUCCAAGGAGUGUUUCCACACCAAGCCCUGUGCGGGAUCUUUCAAGACCUGUUCAGCGAAUGGUUCUUCCGUCAGGAAGCCCACAUAGCCCAGCAUGGGCAAUGGCGCCAAGUUGUGCAACCUAUCAUGCCACAGAAAAUGCAUUGAGGGAGAAAGCAAGUCCUCAAAUGCAAGCACUGGAGGAUUUGGAGUUCAUGAAGAGAUUUAUGAUUUGUGCAUACCUUCGUCAGAAGAGGAUAGAAGAUGAACUAUCUGUGGACUAUAUUAGAUCCUUGAAGUACCUUUCCAUGGUUCAGUUUGAGCCAGAAAUCUGGAGAGCAUUUGGUUGCAAGUAUAUAAAAUUUUCAGAUAGAGUGAAGAACCUUGAUUCCGACCCAGGUGCACCAAGAGUCUACCAUUGUAUUGUAGAGAUAACAGGGGAUUCUGUAGUGAAACUUUUCAAGGUUGCUGAAGAUGGUAUUAUUCUGGGUUUACGCCGCUACCGGUUUUUUGUUUACAAGGAUGGAGGAAAAGAUGAGAAAAAGAAAGAAGAGAAAAUAAAUUGGGAAAACAAGAACUGCGCUUCAGGCGUGAAAUGCUACUUUGUUCGCACAGAGUCUGGAUGGAAUAUGGAUGAACCUUACAUACUCUCUGGCAAGACAAUCAAUCAGGCUCGCAAACUAUUCAUGCACAUACAUACCGCUCCCACCUUGGCAAAAUACAUGGCCAGGUUUGCUUUGAUACUAUCGAAAACUAUCACAAUGGAGGUUAAUUUAUCAGCGGUUCAUGUUAUACAGCUUGAUGAUAAACCUUGCAGCGAUGAAAAUGGGGGAAUUGUUCAACGAGAUGGGGAACUCCUGAUCCAUACUGAUGGAACUGGCCUAAUAUCUGAAGAUUUGGCUGAGAAAUGCCCAACAAUUAUGUACAAGGGAAAACUUUUGAAGUCACAAGAUGUUCAGGCUUGUGAUGAUACACUUAUGACGUCUCCCCAUGCGAAGAAACAACGGCCUAUUGCCAGUAAACCUCCUCUUCUUAUUCAGUUCCGGAUGUUCUAUAAAGGAUCAGCUGUUAAGGGAACUGCAUUAAUUGACAGAAGGCUUCCUCCUGGAACUAUUCUUAUACGGCCAUCAAUGAUAAAAAUAAAAUCUGAUCCAAAAUUGUGUGGUGUACAGUCCGUUAACUCUUGGGAACUGAUAAAAAUGAAAGCUGAUCCAAAAUCAUAUUGUGUCCAGUCCGUCAACUCUUUGGAAAUAGUGACAACGAGCGCUAAACCGAAAAGGACAUUAACAUCGAAGCUCUUGAUUGCACUACUUCGCUAUGGAGGAGUUAAAGAAGAGUUCUUUAUGGAGCUUCUAGAAAAUGCAAUUGAAGGGGCUAAGACCGCUCAUUGUGAUUAUGAAGACGCACUAAACAUUGCAUUUGUCUAUGCGGACAUGGAGGAUUCGAUAUCAGCACGAAUGAUUUUGUCUGGAAUUCCACUAGAAGAUGCAUAUUUGCAAUCCAGGCUGGCUAUCAUGGCUCAACAAGAAAGAAAGGGAAUCAAGCAAGGAAAGCUACCAAUCAGUGAUUGCUUUUAUUUGAUGGGUACAACAGAUCCUACAGGGAAACUCAAAGCCAAUGAAGUUUGUGUGAUCCUUGAGAAUGGACCAUAUUGUGGAAAUGUGCUUGUCUAUAAACAUCCUGGGUUACACUUUGGUGAUAUACAUGUCUUGACAUCAAGAUAUAUCAAGGAUAUACAAGACGCAGUAGGAUAUUCAAGAUAUGCUAUACUUUUCCCUACCUCUGGCCCACGAUCUUUGGCCGAUGAGAUGGCCAAUAGUGAUUUUGAUGGGGACAUGUAUUGGGUCUCAAUAAAUGAACAGUUAUUAAAGCAGUUCAAGCCUUCUAAACCAUGGGAAUGGGGCCAAGUAAAUAAACCAGUACAGGCCGAGAAAAAGUGUCUUCUGGAUUUAGACGAACCCCUACUCGAGAGGAGUUUGUUUCAUGAAUUCUUAAAAGCAAGAUUUGCACGCAGUAAUGCGCUUGGCACAGCAGCUGAUAGUUGGUUAGUAUAUAUGGACCGACUGUUAACAGAUGGUGUUGAUGAAGAUGAAAGUAAUGUACUAGAAAAAAAGAUAAAGAAGUUGGUUGAUCUUUAUUAUUUGGCCCUGGACGCUCCAAAGGCCGGGACCAAGAUCAAUGUCCCUGCUGAGCUGACACCAAAAAAGUAUCCGCACUACAUGGAUCGAAAGGAAAGCUACCAUUCAACAUCCAUACUAGGAAAAAUUUAUGACGAAGCAGAAAAAAAGCAAUCUGAGAAAGUUGAACCAGUCGAGAUAUUGUUGGACCCGUAUUUCACGGAGAGAGCAGCAUCUUCAGGAUACAAGUACCUGAACCUCUGGGCAGGCCGCUAUCAGGAGUACUUGAGCGAGAGUGGGCCACUGAUUGACAAUCAGGACAAGGAAGAAACAGACCUGAAGUUCAAAGAACUCUACCAAAAGUACAAAUACAUGCUCUACGAUGCCGCUGAAUUCGAGCAAACCCAGAGGAACCUCGACGAAGUGUUCGACGAGGCCUGCACGAUCUACCAGAUCGUCUACGAGAAAGCAGCGAGGUUCAAGAAGGCUGGGAGAUGCGGCUUCGUGUGGAACGUGGCGGGCCGUGCGCUGUGCCGUUUCUACGCUCUCGAGGCCGAGGGCGACAAGGUGCUCGUCCCGUUGACGGUCGCUCGGAACCUCACGAAGAAGCGCCGUAGGUAGCAGCGACGUGACGGGCUGCUGUGACUUUGAUCGACUCCGUGUUGUAUAAAGUAGGCGUCUGUUGUGGCUCGUAAUAACAGGUGUGGACGUUUCAAACCGAUGGGUUGACUGCAGGCUGUAUUUAUUCGUACCUGCCUCAAGCUUGUGGUGUGUGUGUGUGCGCUCGAAGUGCGCGUUGUAUUGCCACCAAGAAUCCCACUUGUAUUCAGAGAUGGCAUGUCAUCUCCCUGUUCGUUGCGUAUCCUCUGUGUAAUCUUCUCAGAACCUUAACGUUAAUGCAAUGCAGUGUAGCCAGAUACAAUGUCACGCUGCAAUCUGGUGUUGCUUG